UCGAAAUACAAAAUUUCUAGUUAUGAGCGGGACAAACGGAAGUAAUCGCGUCGAUGUUAUCGGACGUCCGGUUGUUACUACCGAAAAUCAAGCCAACAGCGCAAUCGAAAAAAUUGCCUCUGUGACUUCGUUCAUUUUAUUUUUAGUCUUCUUCCCGAUUUCAAUAUUUGCAUGUCUGGUUGUAAUGUUGGAAUUCCAACGUGCAGUUGUGUUUCGGUUGGGACGAUUAAGGAAGGGUGGUCCGCGUGGUCCAGGUAUAUUUUUCAUUUUACCUUGCAUUGAUAGCAUCGUCAGUGUCGAUUUGCGAACGGUUUCAAUUGAUGUGGCGCCGCAAGAAGUACUCACAAGAGAUUCAGUGACAGUUACACUCGAUGCUGUCAUCUACUACCGCAUAGAUGAUCCUCUACGAGCUGUCAUUCAAGUUGCUAAUGUUAUGUCAUCGACAAUGCUGUUAGCUCAGACCACGUUGCGAAAUGUGGCAGGCACAAAAAUGCUCAUGGAGCUAUUGGCCGAUAAAGAGUCCAUUUCCAAGACUAUCGAGGAUAUUUUAGAUGUAGCAACCGAUCCUUGGGGAGUCAAGGUGGAGCUUGUCGAAAUCAAAGAUGUUCGCCUGCCUUUUUCGCUGCAACGCGCUAUGGCCGCCGAAGCAGAAGCUACACGUGAGGCCAAAGCGAAAAUUGUUGCCGCAGAAGGUGAAUACAAAGCAUCGACAGCACUGAAGCAGGCUUCAGAUAUAAUCGGAAUGAAUCCAAUUGCCUUACAGUUGCGGUACUUGCAAACUAUGAACACAAUAUCGGCGGAACACAAUUCAACAAUUAUAUUUCCGUUUCCGAUUGAGCUGAUGGAUAUUUAGAUGUUUUAUUAGAAUUGUGGA